AUGCAGCCGUCGGAGACACUCACUGUCGGCACCAAGGUUGUCGACACAAUGUCUGAAGUCACCACCGUUCUGCUUCUGCUGCUGCUACUGAUGCUGUUCACCGCCUGGAGCCGAACAAAUCAGUCAAAUAUACCCGGUCCCUUCUUCUUGGCAGGACUCGGUCCUAUCCUCUCCUACAGCCGAUUCAUCUGGACGGGGAUAGGAACAGCGAGCAACUACUAUAACAACAAAUAUGGCAGCAUUGUCCGGGUCUGGAUUAAUGGCGAGGAGACCCUCAUUCUGAGCAGAUCUUCAGCAGUGUAUCAUGUUCUGAGGAGCGCCCACUACACGGCCAGAUUCGGGAGCAAAAAAGGGCUGGAGUGUAUCGGGAUGGAAGGGAGAGGUAUCAUUUUCAACAGCGAUGUCCUGCUCUGGAAAAAAGUGAGAACGUAUUUUUCUAAAGCUCUGACAGGCCCAGGCCUCAAGAGGACGGUGGCAAUCUGUGUGAGCUCCACAGCCAAACAUCUGGACAACUUGCAGAUGAUGACCGACCCCUCCAGACAUGUGGACGCUCUCAAUCUGCUACGAGUCGUAGUGGUGGACAUAUCCAACAGGCUUUUCCUCAGGGUGCCGCUCAACGAAAAUGACUUGCUGAUUAAAAUCCACAACUACUUUGAGACCUGGCAAACAGUUCUUAUAAAGCCUGAUAUAUUCUUCAAGAUUGGAUGGCUGUACAACAAGCACAAGAGAGCAGCCCAAGAGCUGCAGGACGUUAUGGAGAGCCUUCUUGAAAUGAAAAGAAAGAUUAUAAAUGAGUCGGAGAAGUUGGAUGAAGAUCUUGACUUUGCAACAGAGCUUAUCUUUGCUCAGAACGUCGGAGAGCUUUCAGCCGAUAAUGUCAGGCAGUGCGUGUUGGAGAUGGUGAUUGCUGCACCUGACACUCUUUCCAUCAGCCUCUUCUUCAUGCUGAUGCUGCUGAAACAGAACCCAGACGUAGAGCUGAGGAUAGUGGAGGAGAUGAACGCUGUCUUGAGUAAGCGCUUUUAUGAAAACAUUGAUUAUCAAAGCUUGAAGGUGCUGGAGAGUUUCAUCCACGAGUCUCUGAGGUUUCAUCCGGUGGUUGAUUUCACAAUGCGAAAAGCUCUGGAAGAUGACAACAUUGAAGGAACUAAAAUCACAAAAGGAACCAACAUCAUUCUCAACAUUGGUCUUAUGCACAAGACUGAAUUCUUCCCAAAACCAGAAGAGUUCAACCUGAUGAACUUUGACAAAAAUGUGCCCAGUCGUUUCUUCCAGCCGUUCGGCUGCGGGCCUCGUUCCUGCGUGGGCAAACACAUCGCCAUGGUGAUGAUGAAGGCCAUCUUGGUCACUCUGUUGUCUCGUUACACCGUGUCUCCUCGCAGCGGCUGCACCCUCAGCAGCAUCCGGCAGACCAACAACCUGUCGCAGCAGCCUGUGGAGGACGAGCACAGCCUGGCCAUGCGCUUCAUUCCUAGGACAACAUCAACUCAACACAGUCAGCACUGA